AUGUCUCGCUCGGGAACCACUCUGUAUGUCACCGGGUUCGGCCACGGCACCCGGGCUCGCGAUCUUGCCUACGAAUUCGAACGCUAUGGGCGUCUUGUUCGCUGUGACAUCCCUGCUCCAAGAACUCCCUCUAGCCGGCUGUUUGCAUUUGUGGAGUACGAAAGCCGUCGUGAUGCUGAUGAUGCCUACCACGAAAUGCACAACAAGCGCAUCGGCCGCGAUGAUCUGUUGAAAAUCGAGGUAAUAUUAUUUUACAUCUUGUUUGCUAUAUUUUUCUCUAACCCCAUCUAUAGUGGGCCCGUACUCCCCCCUUCUGCCUCUUGGCGCUUUGAUUCAGGCCGUGAGCCCGGUCGUGAAGCUGGUCGUGAAGCUGGUCGUGAAGCUGGCCGUGAAACUGGCCGUGAUGCUGGCCGUGAUGCUGGCCGUGAACGCCGUCGUGACCGCACUCCCCCUCGUCGUGGUCGCUCUCCUUCCCCCCGUCGCAGCCGUGGCGGUGAUUAUUCUCCUCGCCGCGAUGAUCGCUAUGAGCGGGACUAUGACCGUGACUACGACCGCCGUGACCGUGAUUCUGAUCGCCGCGACCGCGACCACGAUCGUCGUGACCGUGACCGCUCCCGUGACCGCUCCCGUAGCCCUGAUGACCGUGAACGUGAGGGCAAGGAUGAUCGGGAAAGACGUGAGGAUGACCGUGAGCGCCGCGAAGACGACCGUGAGGCUGUCCCCAACGGUGAAGACAGGAAAGUACCCCUGGACCCAAUGCCCUCUGCUCAUGAUGAGCUUGAUACUGCUGAGUAG